AUGCUCGUGCGCUACUCCUUCGUUGCCCUGGCCGCGCUCAUUGGCGUAGCAUCUGCUCUCGACACGAAGGGUGCGUGAUUUCACUCUACGCUUGCCACCCACCUCGAACUGGUUCUAGGCAGGCUGGUGGCGCCUCGGCGGGCACGAUCCUCCGCGUAGCAGGAUCGGUCUCCGCUUUGCCCCCGGCAACACGCCGCGUCUCCGCUAAAUAUCGUACAGUAACCGCUCUAUACACAAGCUGAGACACGUUCCGGCCGCGUUCUCAUAUUAGAGCAAGCUUUACUCGAAGUACGGGCCAACAGAAGAGCGGCCAAGACGACUUCGUCCCAGAAGGUUUGUUGCCCUUUUCGAUCGAGCGAAGCUAACUUGUAGUCGGAACCCUUCGGCGUACGACAGCCUCGGUGAUUCGCCCCGGCGCGCUCACCAACGCUGACUUUGCCCCAUCACCAUUCCUUCGUUCGGUACCAACCAGGGCCUUGGAUACAACACUGCGUCCUUGUUGAGCCAGUUCGAACGCCGUAAAUCCCUCGCAUGGGCCUACAAUUGGGCCAACUCGGUCAACAACGGCAAUCAGCCAGCUCUUUCCCCUGAAGUCGAUUUCGUCCCGAUGCUCUGGGGAAGUGAUGCAACUGGGUGGUCUGCGGCUGCAAAAAAGAGAAUCGCACAAGGUGGGAAAUACCUGCUAGGGUGAGUCUCUUCUUAUGUGCACUUCGUGCGUUUCAUGUGGUCGAGCCCAGAGCUCACUGGCGCGCCUUUUCGUCUAUACCAGCUUCAACGAACCCGACCUACCAUCGCAGUCCAACAUCACGCCUGCAAGAGCAGCUCAGCUGUGGAAGCAGAACAUGGAACCCUUCGUCGGCAAAGCACGACUCGUGUCUCCGGCCGUUACAAACGGCGCUUUCACAUCCGACGGCGCUCCUAUGGGCGUCAACUGGAUGGCCGAUUUCCUAGACAACUGCACCCGGUGCCAUAUCGACGCUAUUGCUUUGCAUUGGUAUGAUGCAGCAUGGGUCAGUAUAUAGAUCGUCCAUUCGCUUCCUCCGGCUCUGCGGUCGAGUCUUUUUUUUGUUUUGCUGAUCGCAUGACUUGUGCUGCACGCCCGCUCCAGAACACCGGGUACUUUUUUAACUAUCUCACCGACGCGCACAAGAAAUUCAACAAGCCCAUCUGGCUCACCGAGGUGAGGAUACGGCAUACUCCAUGUUCUGGUCCGUGUGGGAUACUGAUUCAUCCCGAUCUGUCGCGAAAAAGUUUGCUGGCUCGGGAACGACGGCGGAGCAGCAAGCGUUCCUCAAGAAAGUAAUCCCCUGGCUCGAAAAGACGCCUUGGAUCCAGCGCUAUGCAGGAUUCGUAAGUCCGGGACCCGCAUCUGAAGCAUGGAGAUAUGGGGCGUGUCUGACUAACAGCACUGUCCGUUCCUGCCCUUCGGCGGCCCCACGUCGCUCUCCGAUCCGACUUUCUUGCUGCUUCAAACUCACAGGGCGCCUUUGCGGGCCAGUACGUCAACGCGAAUGGUGGCCUGACCGCUAUUGGAGAUACGUAUAUGCGAACGGUUUGA